UGCUACUCCUCAGUGACAUGCGCAGUGCGUACAACUAAACUUGUCAUUCCGUAGGACGCGGUAGAAACCGAUAGGGAAGGUGAAGCUCUGUCGGUAUCGACAGUGGAGUAUCAAUAACAUCGAUAUGAAUCACAGCUUCAGAUCUGAUUUGAUUCGCCGUGAGAUCUGACCUACAUCUGAACUCUCCAAUAACAUCAGACACAAGUGACUCUUAACUCGUCUGAAGUUUGACACAGUUCGCGGCUUACUGUAUCUGUUUUGAUACAGUUUUCAAUAAUAGCGACUUUGUCGAUGCGUUUGGUUGUGUUCAGUUUUAACACGUCGCGACUCAGCUGAUUCCUUCGGACGUCGAGGUGACAUUAUUUACCAGUGAUGGCAGACGUAGUGGACAGGCCUGCUUCCCCCUCACCCUCCAUCUCCCUCCUGGAGAUCAAAGCAGAGGCGCGGUUGGUGCUGAAGUCUUUUCUGCGUCACUCUCUCUCGAUUCCUCCUGGGGAGCGCCCUGGAAGGAUAGGAGGAGAAUACAAGGACCCAAACAAAUACAGUGCCUCAAAAAAAGACAAAAUAAAGAAAGAUGCAAAUGGAUGGGACUCCUUGGAUGAUGAGAUCAGUGCCGCAGAGGAAAAGAAACAUGGAAUUAAAAAUCUAAUAAAAAGAAGACUGAGAUCCCGUUCAUCUAUGAUCCGCCGUGCUAAGAAAGACGGCAGUUCUGACCCGACUCCAAACAACACCCUGGAGAAGCGGAGUCAGCCGGGCCAGUCUGACAAGCCAUCAACAAAUGGAACACACAGUUUACCCAGAAAAACAGAGGAAGAGAUAUUCACACCAUCCUCUGCAUCUGAAGAGGAAGGUAACAAAAAAUCAGGGGACAAGAAAAAGAAGAAAAAACUGAAAAUAUCUGAUAUAUUCAAAAAAGUGUCAUUCAAAAGAGAAGAGCCUCGUCCUCAGCGCCCAGCCUCUUUGCCUUUCAAAGGUGCUACUGAUGUUUCACAACCUGAGGAUCAUCCUGUUUCACCAUCUCAUCCACCUGAGUUUUAUGACGGUGUGGCAGAAACUCUGGACAGAAUCGCACAGAAACACAGUGUGAAAAAGAAAUCCCCUGUUAAACCAGAGCCUGUGCCAAGUACACUCAAAGACAAUAGCAAAGAGGCUGUGGUUCAACAACUAGUUCAGAUAUUAACUUCUGAGGGGGAUGCCAUAAACGAGAAGAUAAACGUCAACCCCUUCCUGCGGUCCACCCUCACACGCCUCUCCUACCCAUCCUUUGCCAAACUCCUUGACACGUAUGCCAGUCAGAGUGAAGAGCCCCCCGCUCCGGCUCCGGCUCCGGCUCCGGCUCCGGGUCUGGCUCCGGUCAGCCCUACGCUGCGGCGUCUCGCCAUCACCAUGGAUGUGUCUCGACGAGUGGUCACGGCCACUGGAGUUCAGCGUCUGACAGGGUAUGCUGAGCGCUACAUGGAGAGCUUUGCACCAUGGGUGAGGAGUCACGGAGGAUGGAGGAACAUUGCACAUUUGGAUGAGGUUCUGGAGUGUGAUUGACCUCUGUUCAUUAUGAACUCUGGAUCAUGUAGCAUGACCUCUGUGAGGAAAGGAAGAACAAGAACCAGCCAACUGGGCAAUUGACACUACUU